AUGAUAACGGGAAGCGCUGUAGAGGCCAGCCAUCACGGAGGGAUUGCUCAGCGAUCUAGACACCCCAAGUCGUUGACGGUUUUUGGGGCAAUCACAUCGGACGGCAAGACGCCCCUGAUUUCCUCUGAGAAAUGGGUCAAGGUGGACGGCAAGACCUACUUAGAAGGCGCGUUGAGUUGCUCCUCUGAGCAGAAUCCCAUUUCGGCAACAGGACAUGGGCUUAUCAACAGGACUCAGCUCCAGCACACAGGUCCAGUGCAACGCACUUGCCAGACUACAUCUUGCCGAACGAUUGCCCCCAAACAGUCCAGGUUCAAAUCCUUGGACUACUCAGUGUGGUCAGCUCUCAAAACGAAAGCCUGCUCUACUCAGCAUAGAAGUUCGGAUGCUCUACGUGCAACCCUCAUCAAAGCUUGA